GUGUUCAUUAUUAAACAGUUUACUUAGUCUUUUAUAAUUUAAACUUUGUCUUUUUGAUUUUGGUUUGACAUUGUCUUUUAAAGUUGUUUAAUGAAUAUCAAUCAAUUACCUGACGACUGCUUAUUAUAUAUUUUCCACCAUUUCAAUAGCUUUGAGAUUCUUUUGGAUUGUUCUGCAGUCUGUGAAAGAUGGAGACAUUUGGUUUUCGAAAGAUUAAAAAACGUCAAAUACUUGUCGAAUUCCAGGGAUGGUUAUCCAGCCAGUACGGUAUACUUUGACACUGACGACUCAGUAGAGCGAACUAACAUACCAAAAUGGUUUCCUAAACUCAAGAUUUAUGCUUUGCGUGAAGGCUUUGAUGUGGAUGUUAUUUCUAAUUUGGCUGUCAAAGGAUUACAAUUGGAUUUAUUCUUUACUGAUGUGGAUGACAUCACAUUGGAGUUUCCAUCCCUUGAAAUGGUAGCAAUUCAAAAAUUUCAUAGCUUUUUUGCAAAUGAUGUACAAGGACCAAUGCUGAAGCAAUUAUUCAUCCACUGCAGUUUUUCAAAGUUCACCCGUUAUGCUAAAUAUUUUCCGAACUUGGAGCGACUUCAUAUUGAAAACUUUGUUGGCAUCCCUCGAGAAGACACAUUUUAUUCUGGACCUGUUCUUGAGAAGAUAGAGAUUUUAGAAAGCUGUAGUCACACACAACUGGAACCAUGUGAAUAUUAUGGUUUCAGCCUUGCAGACCGUUGUCCUGCUUUGAAAAGUGCUUAUCAUUAUAUUCAAACUGGUCAUGAAUUUUUCGUCAACAGUGGCAUUAAAAAUCUUCUCUUAGAAGAUUUAGUUCUUCAAUUUGACGAUGUUUACGAAGCUCCGGAUUGGUCAAUUUUAAGACUCAUAUUGAGCAAGUAUCCAAAUGUGAAACAUUUGGCUAUUAGAGGCGGGUCCGACACAGGAAUAUCUGAUGAAAAUAUUCCCGAACUUUUGAAGUUACUUCCCCGUAUUAUUCUUAUCGAUAUCAGAAACUCCAAAAAGGUAACAGAAAAGUCAACUGAAUACAUUGAUCGAUACGGCAAACAUCAUAAUCGUUCAAUUUCAUUGUAUUACCAAAAAAGACCUAAAAUAACAAAGAAAUGGCCUCAUUUAUUAACCAAACAUGUUUUUAUUGGUGAAGGACUUGAUUUCAUGAAAUACUGUUUCUUGAUGGAUGCAAUUCAGUGCCACAAGAGAUUGCCAUAUCUACUGGAUCCUUUUGAAUAAACAAAUAUCAUUCAAUAAUAUUUGAAUCAUCGAGAAAAGUUUAAAAUAAUGUCUUGAAUCAAAUUAUUAGUUAAUGAUUGAUAUUUUAUUUGUAAACAGAUCAAAAUCACCGAAAAGCUAUUUUAAAUA